CAUCGGCUCUGGAGACCGUGUGGUAGGCUAGCCCUCCAACCUGGGCAUUCUCUCUCCUCGCCAAACCUUUGUUGUUAAUCUUGAGGGAUUUGGGGUGAAAGAAGACAAGGAUCGGACAUACCUUUCAUGACAGGCGGACAGUUUUGGCAGCUUUUUUGUCCAGCUGAAAGUGGUAUUUUUGUAAGGAUACUGAGAGGGCAUGUGAGGAAAGAGAUUUUCCCAGAAUACAGCUGAGCAGGCUUAAGCCCUAGGGACAACCUAGAUACAUACGGACGGAAAGCCAACCACUAUCAGAAGUGGUUGAAGCCACCCCUCCUGACGAACCAUGGGAGACAAGUCUGGGAGCAAAGUAGCUGCUGCAAAGAACCAGAUCCAUCUCCGGGUAGUGAAGGGGCUGGAGGAUGUGGAUGUGCGUGAGAGGGAGGGCUGCACGUUCGAGGUGACCCUCAACCUGUCCUACAUAGCGGGCACGUGGACCAAGGACGGGGUCAGGCUACAAGCCAAGCCCACCUGUCACAUCGCUGCCCAUAAGAAUAAACACACUCUCACCUUCACCCGGGUCACCGUAGGAGACACUGGCCUGUUCUCCUUCCAGACUGACGGCAGCCAAAACUGGAUCCAAACCUCAGGCCAACUCACUGUCAUAGCCAGAGACAUACAGAUUGUGAAGGAGUUGGAAGAUGAGGAAGUGACUGAGAGGCUGAGCGUGACCUUCCUGUGCGAGGUCAACUGUGAGGACGUGGACGGGCGUUGGUACAGCGACAACACCAGGAUCAAACACGGAGACAACGUCAAGAUCAGGCACGAGGGUAAAACUCACACCAUGUGCUUCAAGUCUGUAAGGCCAGCAAAUGCUGGGGAGAUCAAAUUCACUGCAGACAGGGUCUCCUGCUAUGCAACUCUCACGGUAAAAGAGCUGCCUGUGCAGAUAGUGAAGCCUCUGAGAGUGAAGAUUGCUAUGUACAAACACAAAGGACUGCUGGAGUGCCAGGUGUCCAGGGCCAACGCCCUGGUCAGGUGGUUCAAGAACAGGAGUGAGAUCCAACCCAGCAAGAAGCACCAGAUUGUUAGCGACGAUGUCUACAGGCAGCUGCACAUUGAUGACGUGGCCUCGUCAGACGAGGACACCUACACCUGUGAUGCUGGCGAUGACAAGACCUCCUGCCAACUACUAGUGGAGGAGCAGGCGAUCAGCAUAGUGCAGGGGCUGAGGUCUGUGGAGGUGACCGAGCCCAGGGAGGCCAUGUUCCAGGUGGAGACCAGCCUGAGGGCAGGGAGGCCCCCAAAGUGGACCCUGGACGGAGAGGUCCUGAUGGACGGGCCUGAACUGAGCAUAGACCGGCAGGGCACAGUGCACACCCUCUGCUUCAUCAGCACGGACAGCUCUAUGACCGGCCCUGUGCAGUUCAACGCCGGGAAGAGCCGCUCCACCGCACAGCUCACCGUGAAGGAACGCCCUCUGAAAGUGGUCCAGCCCAUGCCAGACGUGGAGGCUAAAGAGAACAGCUCAGUCACACUGAGGUGUCAGUUUGCCCCCUCCCCCAGGGUGGUGCGCUGGUACAGGGGCCGCACUGCCCUGCAGACAUCCAGCAAGUACAGCAUGAGGACGGAGAAGAGCCAGGCAGAGCUGACCAUCUUGGGCCUCAAGGAGAACGACACUGGCCAGUACAGCUGUGUGGCUGGAGGGUCAAAGAGCACAGCCAAGGUCGAUGUGCGAAGGCUGAAGAUCGUAAGGCACCUGGAGCACGUGAAGGUGGAAGAGGAUAGCAACGCCACAUUCACAUGUGAACUCAACUACGUGGUAGCCAAUGUACAGUGGCUUCUGAACGACAACCACCUCAACGCCAACACUGUUGCCAGGAUUCAGAACAUGGGCACCAUUCACAGCCUCACCAUCAAAAAUCUCCGCCCACAGGAGAGCAGGGUGACCUUCAAGGCUGGCCUUCUCACAGAGUCCACCUCCCUCAAGGUCAAAGAAAAGCCAGCAGUGUUCCUCAGGUCUCUAGAAGACAUGUCAGGGGAGGAGGAGGGGAAGGUGUGUCUGCAGUGUGAGACCUCUAAGGAAAUGGCCACCCCCGUCUGGAGGAAGGAUGGUACGGUCCUGGACAGCAGUGACAAAUAUGAGCUGCUCAUGUUUGGGAAGUCCUUAACGCUCAUCAUCCAUAGUCUGAGUAAGGAUGAUGCAGGCCACUACAGCUGUGACUUGGGCACCAGCCAGACCAAGGCCAAGGUCACUGUACAUGACAUUCACAUCACCAUCGCCCAGCGUAUGAAGACCGUCUCUGUUCUGGAGGGCGAGAGCUGCAGUUUCGAGUGCAUCCUCUCUCACGAUGUCAUCGACGAGCCCUCCUGGACCCUGAACGGUCAACUUGUGAUCAGCAACAGCCGCAUCCAGAUCGGAAACAAGGGUCGCAAAUACAAGAUGACCAUCAGAGACGCAACUGUGACUGAAGCCGGGGACGUAAUCUUCUUCGUCAAAGACCUCAGCUGCAGGACCAUGCUGUUUGUCAAAGAGAAGCCAGUGCAUGUGUUCAGGGACAUGAUGAGCGUUAAAGCCACCCCAGGGGAGAACGCUGAGCUGAGCUGUGAGAUCACCAAGCCUGAGGCCUUCAUCCGCUGGCUGAAGAAUGGCCAUCAGAUCAGGCACAGUCGCCCCAAGUACGAGAUCAGUGUGGAGGACCACCUGGUACGGCUGGUUAUCACGAACACCUGCAUCAGAGACUCUGGGGAGUACUGCUGUGAGGCUGACGGCAUUGCCACCCGGGCCAAGCUGGAGGUCAGAGAGCUGCAGCACACAUUUGCUCGGGAGCUGCUGGACACACGGGCCGAGGAGAAGAGCAAGGUGAUGCUGGAGUGCGAGACGAGACUGCCGGCCAAGCGGGUGACCUGGCUGAAGGGCAUGGCAGAGCUCCGGGCGGGCAGGAAGUAUGUGAUGAAGCAGAAGGGCGUGGUUCUCUACCUCACCAUCAGCUGCCUGGAGAAGGUUGACACCGACGUGUACACCUGCGAUGUUGGCACCAUGCAGAGCCGGGCGCUACUGACCGUGCAUGGUCAGAAGGUGUUGAUCAUGGACGAGCUGGAAGAUGUUGAGUGUCUGGAGAAUGACACGGUGAUGUUCAGGUGUCGUAUCUGUCCCAGCGAUUAUGUUGGGGUCAAGUGGUACCUGGAUGAGACCUUACUGUACACCAAUGAGCUGAAUGAGAUCCAAGUGAUCCCGGGGGGCUACCACAGCCUCACGUUCAAACAACUGGCUCGUAAAGACUCGGGCACCAUCUCCUUUGAGGCAGGCGACAAGAGGUCCUACGCCUCGCUGCUUGUUAGAGAGAGACGUCCCACCAUCACCAAAGCAUUGGAGGACUGUGAGGCCAUUGAGGGAGGCGGUUUGGUGCUGGUGUGUAUCACCUCUAAGCCAUGCCACAUCCUGUGGUACAAAGAUGGCUGCCUAAUGUGGAUUUCCUCGAGGUACCACGUCAGUCGCUCAGGUAACGAGGCCAGGCUGACCAUCAGGGAGGUCAGUAACAGCGAUGCUGGGGUGUACGAGUGCAGCGCUGGGUCGGUCAGCACCAAGGCUGUCGUCACUGUAAAAGCCAUUCCAGCUGAGUUCACCCAGCCGCUGCAGAGCAUGGAGGUAAAGGAGGGGGAGGAUGUGACCCUUUCCUGUGAGUUCUCCCUGCCGGGGGUUGCGUUCCACUGGAGGAGGGGCUUGGAGACCCUCAGAGCUGGAGAGAGGUACCUGAUGAAGCAGAAGAGGUCCUUCAUCUCUUUGACCAUCACAGGCCCGAAGCCUCAGGACUCAGGAGAUUACACCUGUCAGUGCCGAGACCACAGAACCACAGCCAGCCUCACAGUCCACGCCAUCCCCAUCUCCUUCACACAACAGUUGAAAAAUGUUCAGGCCGAGGAGGGCAACAGUUUAACGUUGCGCUGUGAGCUUUCUAAACCAGGAGUCCCUGUGGAGUGGAGGAAAGGGGAGGAGCUGUUAAAGAAUGGAGUGAAGUUUCAGAUAAGGAAGAGAGAGACCAUAUCGGAGGUUCAGAUAUGGAAAACUGUGCCUGAAGACAGUGGAGUCUACAGCUGUGAGUGUGCGGACCAAAAGACCACAGCCACCGUCAAAAUCAGCGCCCUGCCUGUUACCUUCAAACAAAAGCUGAGGAACGUGCAUGUUGAAGAGGGGAACAAUUUGGUGUUACACUGUGAGCUCUCUAAACCAGGAGUCCCUGUAGAAUGGAUGAGGGGAGGAGAGGAGCUGCUGAACAACGGAGAACGGUUUCAGAUAAGACAGAGAGAGUUGGUCAAUGAACUGAAGAUAAUAGAUGCCAAACCUGAAGACAGCAAUAUCUACACCUGUGUUUGUGGCAAUGUGGAAACCACAGCCGGUGUUACAGUCACAGCAAUUCCCAUCACUUUCAAGCAAAAGCUGAGGAACCUGCAGACUGAGGAAGGGAACACCAUCUCGCUGCACUGUGAGCUGUCUAAAGCAGGGGUGCCAGUGGAGUGGAGAUUGGGAGGAGAGAGGAUACUGCAGAAUGGAGACAAAUACCAGAUCAAGCAGACGGACUCAAAACUGGAACUCCUCAUCAGGGAGGCUCUGCCAGAGGACAGUGGAGUCUACAGCUGUGUGUGUCGAGACAAGAAGACCAAGGCCACUGUCAAAGUCAUUGCUGUACCUGCCACCUUCAAAGUGGGUCUGAAGAAACAGGAGGCCCCAGAGGAGGGCAGCAUAACCCUGCACUGUGAGCUGUCUAAGGCUGGGGUCUCAGUGGAGUGGUGGAGGGGGGAGACAGAACUGUCCCAAGACCUGUCUGGAGGAAAGUACCAGAUGAAACUGGAGGGGAAAAUAGCUGAGAUGACCAUUACCAAUGUGCAACCGGAGGACAUAGGGAAGUACAGCUGUGUCACUGGAGACCAGAAGACCACCGCUGAAGUUAAAGUGCAGGCUCUCCCUGUAAUGUUCACACAAGAGGUCCAGAACGUGGUGAUCAAAGAGGGGGACAGUGGGGAGUUCUGGUGUGAGCUCUCCAAGCCUGGUGACCCAGUAGACUGGAGGAGGGGCAGAGUCCUCCUGAAGUCUGGAGACAAAUAUGAGAUGAGGCAGGAGGGACGCAUCACUAAACUGCUCAUCCAUAACGUGGAGGAGAGGGAUGCUGGGAAAUACACCUGUAAGAGUCGAGAUGCCAAGUCAACUGCUGAACUGACCGUAACGGGCCCACCCCCCACUUUCAAAGAACAGCUGAGGAAUGUGGAAGUUGAGGAGGGUAAGACUGUGACGCUACACUGUGAACUGUCUAAAGCAGCAGCCUCAGUUGAGUGGAAGAGGGGAGCAAAGCUGUUGACGAAUGUAGCCAAGUACCAGAUGAGGAAGAAAGAUUUACUGGUGGAAUUGAAGAUUAUCAACGCGAAUCUGGAGGACAGUGGGGUUUACGCCUGUAUUUGUGGCGAACAAAAGACCACAGCAACUGUUACAAUAAAGGCUCGCCCAGUCACAUUUAUAGAAGAGUUGAGGAACGUUCAGGUUGAGGAGGGCAACACUGUGACGUUGCGCUGCGAGCUCUCCAAAGCAGGGAUGUCGGUUGAAUGGAGGAGAGGAACAGCUCUUCUGCAGAACGGAGAGAAGUACCAGAUGAAGCAGAAAGAUGCAACGUUGGAGCUGGUCAUCAGGAAAACCUUGCCCGAGGACAGUGGUGUCUACAGCUGCGUGUUGGAAGACCAGCAAACCUUCGCCACCAUCAUUAUCACUGCCAUUCCAGCCACUUUCAAACAGACGUUGAAAAACCAAGAGGCUCUAGAAGAGGGCAGCGUGACGUUGCGCUGUGAGCUGUCUAAAUCGGGGGUCCCUGUGGUGUGGCUGAAGGGAGGGGAGCUGCUGAGGGAAGGUGAGCGGCACCAGAUGAAGCAGGAGGGCAGGACCGUGGAGAUGGUCAUCAGGAAUGCGGUCCUUCAGGAUGCUGGGGAGUACAGCUGUGUCACAGCCUGCAACGUCAAGACGACAGCUGAUAUCAAAGUUAGGGCUCUCCCUGUAAUAUUCACACAAGAGGUCCAGAACGUGGUGAUCAAAGAGGGGGACAGUGGGGAGUUCUGGUGUGAGCUCUCCAAGCCUGGUGACCCAGUGGACUGGAGGAGGGGCAGAGUCAUCCUGAAGUCUGGAGACAAAUAUGAGAUGAGGCAGGAGGGACGCAUCACUAAACUGCUCAUCCAUAACGUGGAGGAGAGGGAUGCUGGGAAAUACACCUGUAAGAGUCGAGAUGCCCAGUCAACUGCUGAACUGACCGUAACGGCUCCUCCCGUCACGUUCACGGUGAAGUUGAAGAACCAGGAAGUCGAGGAGGAGAACAGUGUGACGUUAUUCUGCGAGCUCUCUAAACCAGGACUGACGGCAGAGUGGAGAAAAGGAGAGGAGCUGCUGAAGAACGGAGUAAAGUACCAGAUAAAGAAGAGAGAGGCAACGAUGGAACUGACAAUAAGGAAUGCAGUGCUCGAGGACACCGGAUUCUACAGCUGUGUUUACGCAGAAGCCAAAACCACCGCCACUGUCAACAUCACCCCCAUUCCUGUCACCUUCAAGAUGGGUCUUAAAAACCAGGAGGCCUCAGAGGGGGGCAUCGUGACCUUGCGCUGUGAGCUGUCUAAAGCUGGGGUUCCGGUGGAGUGGUGGAAAGGGGAGGAGGAGGUGAGCCCUGGAGGAAGGUACCAGAUGAAGCUGGAGGGAAAGAUAGCAGAGUUGCACAUUAGAAACAUCCAGCCAGAGGACGUGGGGGAGUACAGCUGUAUAUUCGGAGAUCAGAAAACCACUGCUGAAGUCAACGUGAGAGCUGCUGCCUCAGUGUUCUUUGAGAAGGAGCUGGAGAGCAAUGUGGUGAUGGAGGGGAAGUCCGUGGUCCUCUCCUGUGAGGUAUCCAGUGCCACUGUCCCCGUCACCUGGAAGAAGGAUGCCUGCCUGGUCACAGAUGGGGAGAGGUUCAUUGUAAAAAAGAAAGGUCCCGUUCACACCCUGGAGAUCGAGAAGCUGAGUCUGGAGGACGCCGGGGAGUACAGCUGCAUCACUAGGGGAAAGAAGACCACGGCCAUGCUGGUUGUGAAAGAGCGUGUGAAAAUAUUGUCCGGACUGAAGGACAUGAAAGUCACAGCCGGGCAGGACGCAGUGUUUGUGUGUGAGCUGUCCCACGCCGAGGUGAGUGAAGGCGAGUGGUGGCUGGGCUCCAGCCCACUGCAGAAGAACGAAAUGAACCAGAUGAGCUUUGAGGGCCACCAACACUGCCUGGUCUUGACCAUGACCACCCCGGAGGAGACCGGGACCGUGGCCUUCGUGGUUGGGGAGGAGAGAACCUCUGCCCAACUGCUAGUUGUCCCCAAACCCAAAGUACACAUUGAGAAGAAGCCCCAGGACAUUGACAUCAUGGAAGGGGAGACAGCCACCUUAUCCUGUACGACCUCUGACCUCAUUACCCCUGUCACAUGGAGAAGGAACAACAUGCCCCUCCUGAACGGAGAUAAGUAUGAGACGCGUAAGAAGGGCAAGCUCAACCUCCUGCUCAUCCAUGAGACGGAACCAGAGGACUCUGGGAUAUACUCCUGUGACACUGGAGACAUGCAGAGCGAUGCCAAUCUGACGGUCAAUGAGCUACCACCGUACUUCGAGGAGGAGCUGCAGGCUGUGGAGGCUGAGGAAGGGGGCACAGCCUUUCUGUUUUGUGAGCUGUCUAAGCCCGGAGUCCCAGUCCAGUGGAGGAAAGGCCGGCUGCCUCUCAGGCCCAACAGGAAGUACCAGAUGAAACAGGACGGCUGCGUGUUUCAGCUACACAUCCUGGAGCUGAAGUCCGAGGACAGUGGCAGCUACUCGUGCCAGGCAGGCUGUGUGGAGACCACCGCCUCUGUGUCUGUGAAAGUUAAAGUACUCAUUGAGAAGAAGCCCCGGGACACCGUCGUCAUGGAAGGGGAGAUGGCGACCUUAUCCUGUACGACGUCUGACCUCACUACCCCUGUCACAUGGAGACGCAACAACAUGCCCCUACUUAACGGAGACAAGUAUGAGAACCGUAAGGAGGGCAAGCUCAACCUGCUUCGCAUCCACAAUGUGGACCCAGAUGACUCUGGGAUAUACUCCUGUGAUACUGGAGACAUGCACAGCAGCGCCAAUCUGACUGUCACAGAGCUGGCUCCAUGCUUUGAAGAAGAGCUGCAGGCUGUGGAGGCUGAGGAAGGAGGCACGGCCUUCCUUUCCUGUGAGCUGUCUAAGCCCGGAGUCCCAGUCCAGUGGAGUAAGGGCCGGCUGCCUCUCAGGCCCAACAGGAAGUACCAGAUGAAACAGGACGGCUGCGUGUUUCAGCUACACAUCCUGGAGCUGAAGUCCGAGGACAGUGGCAGCUACACGUGCCAGGCAGGCUGUGUGGAGACCACCGCCUCUGUGUCUGUGAAAGUUAAAGUACUCAUUGAGAAGAAGCCCCGGGACACCGUCGUCAUGGAAGGGGAGACGGCGACCUUAUCCUGUACGACGUCUGACCUCACUACACCUGUCACAUGGAGACGCAACAACAUGCCCCUACUUAACGGAGACAAGUAUGAGAACCGUAAGGAGGGCAAGCUCAACCUGCUUCUCAUCCACAAUGUGGACCCAGAUGACUCUGGGAUAUACUCCUCUGAUACUGGAGACAUGCAGAGCAGCGCUAAUCUGACUGUCACAGAGCUGGCUCCAUGCUUUGAAGAAGAGCUGCAGGCUGUGGAGGCUGAGGAAGGAGGCACGGCCUUCCUUUCCUGUGUGCUGUCUAAGCCCGGAGUCCCAGUCCAGUGGAGUAAGGGCCGGCUGCCUCUCAGGCCCAACAGGAAGUACCAGAUGAAACAGGACGGCUGCGUGUUUCAGCUACACAUCCUGGAGCUGAAGUCCGAGGACAGUGGCAGCUACACGUGCCAGGCAGGCUGUGUGGAGACCACCGCCUCUGUGUCUGUGAAAGUUAAAGUACUCAUUGAGAAGAAGCCCCGGGACACCGUCGUCAUGGAAGGGGAGACGGCGACCUUAUCCUGUACGACGUCUGACCUCACUACACCUGUCACAUGGAGACGCAACAACAUGCCCCUACUUAACGGAGACAAGUAUGAGAACCGUAAGGAGGGCAAGCUCAACCUGCUUCUCAUCCACAAUGUGGACCCAGAUGACUCUGGGAUAUACUCCUCUGAUACUGGAGACAUGCAGAGCAGUGCUAAUCUGACUGUCACAGAGCUGGCUCCAUGCUUUGAAGAAGAGCUGCAGGCUGUGGAGGCUGAGGAAGGAGGCACGGCCUUCCUUUCCUGUGUGCUGUCUAAGCCCGGAGUCCCAGUCCAGUGGAGUAAGGGCCGGCUGCCUCUCAGGCCCAACAGGAAGUACCAGAUGAAACAGGACGGCUGCGUGUUUCAGCUACACAUCCUGGAGCUGAAGUCCGAGGACAGUGGCAGCUACACGUGCCAGGCAGGCUGUGUGGAGACCACCGCCUCUGUGUCUGUGAAAGUUAAAGUACUCAUUGAGAAGAAGCCCCGGGACACCGUCGUCAUGGAAGGGGAGAUGGCGACCUUAUCCUGUACGACGUCUGACCUCACUACCCCUGUCACAUGGAGACGCAACAACAUGCCCCUACUUAACGGAGACAAGUAUGAGAACCGUAAGGAGGGCAAGCUCAACCUGCUUCGCAUCCACAAUGUGGACCCAGAUGACUCUGGGAUAUACUCCUGUGAUACUGGAGACAUGCACAGCAGCGCCAAUCUGACUGUCACAGAGCUGGCUCCAUGCUUUGAAGAAGAGCUGCAGGCUGUGGAGGCUGAGGAAGGAGGCACGGCCUUCCUUUCCUGUGAGCUGUCUAAGCCCGGAGUCCCAGUCCAGUGGAGUAAGGGCCGGCUGCCUCUCAGGCCCAACAGGAAGUACCAGAUGAAACAGGACGGCUGCGUGUUUCAGCUACACAUCCUGGAGCUGAAGUCCGAGGACAGUGGCAGCUACACGUGCCAGGCAGGCUGUGUGGAGACCACCGCCUCUGUGUCUGUGAAAGUUAAAGUACUCAUUGAGAAGAAGCCCCGGGACACCGUCGUCAUGGAAGGGGAGACGGCGACCUUAUCCUGUACGACGUCUGACCUCACUACACCUGUCACAUGGAGACGCAACAACAUGCCCCUACUUAACGGAGACAAGUAUGAGAACCGUAAGGAGGGCAAGCUCAACCUGUUUCUCAUCCACAAUGUGGACCCAGAUGACUCUGGGAUAUACUCCUGUGAUACUGGAGACAUUCAGAGCAGUGCCAAUCUGACUGUCACAGAGCUGCCUCCAUACUUUGAGGAGGAGCUCCAGGCUGUGGAGGCUGAGGAAGGGGAAAUGGCCUUCCUGUCCUGUGAGCUGUCUAAGCCUGGAGUCCCAGUCCAGUGGAGGAAGGGCCGGCUGCCUCUCAGGCCCAACAGGAAGUACCAGAUGAAGCAGGACGGCUGUGUGUUUCAACUAUACAUUCUGGAGCUGAAGUCCGACGACAGUGGCAGCUACACGUGCCAGGCAGAUGGCGUGGAGACCACCGCCUCUGUGUCUGUGAAAGUUAAAGUACUCAUUGAGAAGAAGCCCCGGGACACCGUCGUCAUGGAAGGGGAGACGGCGACCUUAUCCUGUACGACGUCUGACCUCACUACCCCUGUCACAUGGAGAUGCAACAACAUGCCCCUACUGAACGGAGACAAGUAUGAGAACCGUAAGGAGGGCAAGCUCAACCUGCUUCUCAUCCACAAUGUGGACCCAGAUGACUCUGGGAUAUACUCCUGUGAUACUGGAGACAUGCAGAGCAGCGUCAAUCUGACUGUCACAGAGCUGCCUCCAUACUUUGAAGAAGAGCUGCAGGCUGUGGAGGUAGAGGAAGGGGGCACAGCCUGCCUGUCCUGUGAACUGUCUAAGCCUGGAGUCCCAGUCCAGUGGAGGAAGGGCCGGCUGCCUCUCAGGCCCAACAGGAAGUACCAGCUGAAGCAGGACGACUGUGUGUUUCAGCUACACAUCCUGGAGCUGAAGCCCGAGGACAGUGGCAGCUACACGUGCCAGGCAGGUGGUGUGAAGACCACAGCCUCUGUAGCAGUAAAGCCUCUCCCAGCCAAGACAGAACCUCCCAAGACAAUGCCUCCCACAAAGGCUCCCACGAAGGCUGCCUCUCCCACACCUCCACCAGGGCCAAAGAAACAGGGCAUGAUCUGGACAUCCAUUGUGGGGUCAGAGAAAGACCUGGAGCCUGAGGCAGAGACAGUGGUAGACCUACAUGAGAAACAGUCAGUAAGGUCUAUAGGUAAGGAGACUAAGGUAGACAAGCAGGAAAAACAGCAAGUCAAACAGACAGUAAGAGCUAUGGUGAGGGACACAGAGGAAAAAAAGCCAUUGAAGUCUAUGGUUAAAGAGAUUGAAGUAGACCACAUGGUGAAACAGCCAGUGCCCCCAGCGAGACGAGCAUCUAUAAUGUCAGAUACUGGAAUAGACCAAGUGGUGAAACAACCAGUUCCACUAGUGAGACAAGCAUCUAUAAUGUCAGAUACUGGAAUAGACCAAGUGGUGAAACAACCAGUUCCACCAGUGAGACGAACAUCUAUAGUGUCAGAUGUUGUGGUAGAUGAGGUUAGGAAACAGCCAGUUCCACCAGUGAGACAAGCAUCAGUAGUGUCAGAUGCUGGGAUAGACCAAGUGGUGAAACAACCAGUUCCACCAGUGAGACGACCAUCUAUAGUGUCAGAUGUUGGGGUAGAUGAGGUGAGGAAACAGCCAGUUCCACCAGUGAGACAAGCAUUAGUAGUGUCAGAUGCUGGGAUAGACCAAGUGGUGAAACAACCAGUUCCACCAGCGAGACGAGCGUCUGUAGUUUCAGUUUCGGCUACUGGGGUAGAUGAGGUGAGCAAACAGCCAGUUCCACCAGUCAGACGAGCGUCUGUAGUUUCAGUUUCAGAUACUGGGGUAGACGAGGUGAGGAAACAGCCAGUUCCACCAGUGAGACGAGCAUCUAUAGUGUCAGAUGCUGGGAUAGAGCAAGUGGUGAGGAAACAACCAGUUCCACCAGCGAGACGAGCAUCUGUAGUUUCAGUUUCAGAUACUGGGGUAGAUGAGGUAAAAAAACAGCCAGUUCCACCAGUGAGACGAGCAUCUAUAGUGUCGGAUGUUGGGGUAGAUGAGGUGAGGAAACAGCCAGUUCCACCAGUGAGACGAGCAUCUGUAGUUUCAGUUUCAGAUACUGGGGUAGAUGAGGUAAAAAAACAGCCAGUUCCACCAGUGAGACGAGCAUCUGUAGUGUCGGAUGCUGGGAUAGACCAACUGGUGAGGAAACAGCCAGUUCCACCAGCGAGACAAGCAUCUAUAGUGUCAGAUGCUGGGAUAGACGAGGUGAGGAAACAGCCAGUUCCACCAGUGAGACGAGCAUCUAUAGUGUCAGAUGCUGGGUUAGACGAGGUGAGGAAACAGCCAGUUCCACCAGUGAGACGAGCAUCUAUAGUGUCAGAUGCUGGGUUAGACGAGGUGAGGAAACAGCCAGUUCCACCAGUGAGACGAGCAUCUAUAGUGUCAGAUGUUGGGUUAGACGAGGUGAGGAAACAGCCAGUUCCACCAGUGAGACGAGCAUCUAUAGUGUCAGAUGUUGGGUUAGACGAGGUGAGGAAACAGCCAGUUCCACCAGUGAGACGACCAUCUAUAGUGUCAGAUGUUGGGUUAGACGAGGUGAGGAAACCGCCAGUUCCACCAGUGAGACGAGCAUCUGUAGUGUCAGAUGCUGGGUUAGACGAGGUGAGGAAACUGCCAGUUCCACCAGUGAGACGAGCAUCUAUAGUGUCAGAUGUUGGGUUAGACGAGGUGAGGAAACCACCAGUUCCACCAGUGAGACGAGCAUCUGUAGUGUCAGAUGCUGGGUUAGACGAGGUGAGGAAACUGCCAGUUCCACCAGUGAGACGAGCAUCUAUAGUGUCAGAUGUUGGGGUAGAAGAGGUGAUGAAACAGCCAGUUCCAGCAGCGAGACGAGCGUCUGUAGUUUCAGUUUCGGAUACUGGGGUAGACGAGGUAAGAAAACAGCCAGUUCCACCAGUGAGACGAGCGUCUGUAGUGUCAGAUGCUGGGGUAGAUGAGGUGAGGAAACAGCCAGUUCCAGCAGCGGGGCGAGCAUCUGUAGUUUCAGUUUCGGAUGCUGGGGUAGACAAGGUGAGCAAACAGCCAGUUCCACCAGUGAGACGAGCGUCUGUAGUUUCGGAUGCUGGUAUAGACCAAGUUGUGAAACAGCCAGUGCCACCAGCGAGACGAUCAUCUAUACUGUCCGAUGCUGGCGUAGAUCAGAUAGCUAGAUCUAAAAAGAAGAUGGAUAUAGAAAUAGACCAUCAAGAGAAACAGCCAGUGAAGUCUAUGGUGAAGGAGACAGAGAUAGAACAGAGGGAUCAACAGCCAGUAAGGUCUACAGUGCAGGAGACUGAAAAACCCAAGAUGGUGGAGGAUGAUAACCAACUCCAUAUCUCAGAGGAUGAGUCCUUCACAGAGGCCCACACCCAGGUAACAGUCAACCAGAAGACCAGCAAGCCUGUAGUCGCUGUUGCUGGAGUUCCCAAGGGGCUACAGAUGACUCAGCAAGUUGACGAGAUUGCACUUGACAGUGUCGAGGACGAACAUGAGAUGUUGGAAGCUGCCAUCAAGAUCCAGGCAGCUUUCAAGGGAUACAAGACCCGCAAAGACAUGCGGCCCAUCUUCAAGCAGGUGUUUAAGAACCAGAGUGCUGAGACCAAUGGUACCAUCCAGCUGGAGUGUAAGGUGGAAGGGAAGCUCAACGCAGUACGCUGGCUGAAGAACAGCCAGGAGGUCAUAGGAGACCAACGCCACCGCAUGAACACCUCAGAGGAUGGCGUCUGCACACUGGUGAUCAUCAACAUGUCUGCCAUAGACACUGGGGUCUAUACCUGUGAGGUGGUUAACACGUUUGGUGUGUCCUCAUAUAAUGGUAACAUUACUGUGGGUGAACCUCAAAUGCCUCCAUCUUCUACCCAGAGGCCCGCAGCCCCAUCCCAGCCCUCCACCCCUUCUGUGCAUCCAGUCCUGGCCUCCAUUGGCCCUCUCCAGCCAGUCCAGACCUCCACUCCUGGGAAGGAGACUGUGGAUUCUGUGGAUUCUGUGGAGUGCGAGGGGAUCUCCCUGUGGCAGACCUACAAUCUAACCAAGGAGGAUCCCCGCAGGACCCUGCAGGAGAGGAGGAGGGCCUCCCUUAUUGCCGCCAGCUCUAUGUCUAGUCCCUCUGACUACGAUACAGCUCCAGAUUUCAUAGAGCCUGCUGACAUAAUCCCCAAAGAUCACCCCAGGGAAAAGGAAGCCAUUAAGUCACAGGACCAGUUAUCCAAUAAGGAGGAUGAAGAACAGAAAGUCACGUCUCAACCACCCAGGCAUUUUAAGGCCAAAGUACCUGAUGCCAUGUUGAGGACUCCAUCCCCCAAACACUAUCAUGCCCACACACCUGCUGCUCUUACAGGCUCUGGCUCGGAGUCAGAUUGUGACGAGGAUAGAAUAGAGACAUUUGAUAUAUACGUGGCCAGAGCUAACUGCAGUCCUCAACAAGGUGGCAACAAGGAGAGCUUUGUGUUGAAGGAGGGUCAGUACGUGGAGGUCUUGGACUCUGUCCACCCGGAGAAGUGGCUGGUCCGCACCAAGCCCUCCAAGACCACCUCCUCACGCCAAGGAUGGGUCUCUCCUGCAUACCUGGAGAAAAAGAGAAAGGAGACAUUCCCACAAAUGAGAACACCACAACAGGAGCUUGAUGUACCAGGGUCUACAGGAGAGAACUACAGGAGAACCCUAAGCCAAUUAAUCCAGGGGCUGAUUGAUGGGGAGGAAGAGUUUGUGAAGGAGAUGAAGGAAUUCAUGUCCCACCACCUGCACCACUUAGACACCAGCCCUCAUGUCCCUAUCAACAUCAUCAACCAGAAAGAAACCAUCUUCCGCAAUAUAAAGGACAUCAUGGCUUUACACGAGAGAUCUAUUCUGCCCAGUCUGAGUGAGUGUUCUACUGACGAUGACGUGGCCAUGCAUCUGGUCAAACAUGCAGUGGACUUUGAGAAGUAUCUGCAGUACAUGGUGGGCCAAUCACAGGCAGAAGCCUGUGUCACUGACAAGACCAUCCAGCAGUACUUCAAGCAAAACACGGAAACACACCCUGAGCACCCGGAAACUGCAGUCCUGGAUGUCAUCACCUUCUUACAGAGACCAGUGGAGAGGAUUCAGACCUACCAGGCCUUGCUCAAGGAACUGAUCAAGAACAAGGCUAAGUGUGCGAAAAGCUGUCUUCUACUGGAAGAUGCCUUCUCCAUGGUGUCCUGUCUGCCCUGGCGCUCUGACAACCUACACCAGGUGUCUCUAAUUGAGAACUACCCUGCCCCACUCACUGCACUAGGAGAACCUGUCCGCCAGGGUCCUUUCACUGUGUGGGAGGAGUCUCCCGAGAUCAAGACGUCCUCCAGGGGCCACCAGAGGCAGGUGUUCCUCUUCAAGGACUGUGUCUUGCUCUGUAAGCUCAAGAGAGACCCUGGCAUGAACUCUGACACCUACGCCUUCAAGAACAAGAUGAAGCUGAAUGAUGUGGAGGUGAAGGAGACGGUGGGGGGAGAGGAGAAGUCCUGGGGGCUGUGGCACGAGCAUCGGGGCUCAGUGAGGAGGUACACACUUCAGGGCCGCUCCGCCGUGCUCAAGCUGUCCUGGCUCAAAGACCUGAGAGAGAUGCAGCAACGCUCCAGCCUGACUGACAGCAGUCCACCAGAGUUUGAAGUUCUUCUGGCUGACUGCACCACAAAGAUCGGGCAGACAAUUAAGCUGGCCUGCAAAGUCACAGGAACACCCAAACCAGUGGUCAGCUGGUUCCAAGAUGGCCUGGCCCUAGAGGAUGGCCCCCACCACAUCAUCACUGCAGACCGGGCAGGCACCUGCUGUCUCAUCAUGGAUGGGGUCACUCCUGAGGACUCUGGACAGUACUUGUGCUACGCUUCCAGCUCUGUGGGCCAUGCUAGCACACUGGCCAAGAUAGUGGUGGAUGCACCCCCCAGAUUCCUUACCAGGCUGCAGAGUGUAUGUCUGCUGGAGGGAGAGGACAUCAAGUUUAUCUGUUCCACACACAGUACUCCUUUACCCCGAGUCAGUUGGUUUAAGGAUGGCAGAGAGCUGACAGACCAGAGGAAGUACCACAUAGAGAGUGACGCCCGCAGUGGGAUCCUCACGCUCACCAUCAUGAACCCUGGAGAGACAGACCUGGGACAGUAUAAGUGUGAGCUGUGGAACAAGUUGGGCAGUGCCAAGAGUAAAGCAGAGAUGUGCUCCGCCUUUGCACAAGUGAUGGACAGUGAGCCUGACCAACCACAGGCCAUCUUGAUCCAAGACUCCGACUCAGAGGGCUGGUCCACUGCCAUGGUGAAGCAAUGGCUGCAGACAGACUUCCACCCCACCUCUGUUGUCAAAAUGCUCUUCCAGCCUGGAUACCCUCAGCCAGCCGAGGGUAGCCAAGAGGAAAGGGACCCUACCGCCAGAGGACACGUGGAGGCUCCACAGUUCCCCACUGAGCUCGAGGAGAGACCGGAGGUUGAGGAGGAACUUUAUGUUCCUGAGGCCAUAGAGGAAAUGCCAACAUCUCCUCCCUCCAUCCAGGUGCCGGUGGAGGACCUGUGUGUGGAGCCUGGUCAAUCAGCUACCUUCACCAUCAUCAUCACAGGAAGGCCCACCCCCGAGAUUCAGUGGUACAAGGAUGGAGAGGAGCUGUUGGCCACUGAGAAUGUGGAGGUGGUCCAGAAUGGUGCCCGCUGCUCUCUGACUGUGCUGUGCCCGGAGAGUGAGGACGGUGGCAUCUACACCUGCUGGGCCUAUAACGACAUAGGACACACCUCCUGUCAGGCUCGGCUGACAGUGGAGGAGGGUCCACUGGAGUCGCAGGAGAGAGAGGUGGAGCUUGGGAAGAGGAGGAAGCUGCUGUCUGUGUAUGACGUCCAUGAGGAGAUUGGGAGAGGCACGUAUGGGGUGGUAAAGCGGGUUACCCACAGGAGGACGGGUGAGGGCUUUGCCGCCAAGUUCCUGCCCCUGAGGAGCAGUACGAGGACCAGGGCGUUCCAAGAGAGGGACCUGCUCUCCCGGCUGGCCCACCCCAGGGUGGCCUGUCUGCUGGACUUCUUCUCUACACGGAGGACCCUGGUCCUGGUCACCGAAGCCUGCUCUUCUCGCGGUCUCCUUGAUCAUUUGCUGUCGAAGGGAUCAGUCAGCGAGAGAGAGGUGCAGAUGUACAUUCAGCAAAUCCUGGAGGGAGUUGGUCACAUCCACAGCAUGAACAUCCUACAUCUGGACAUCAAACCGGACAAUAUCCUGAUGGUGUUUCCACCCAGAGAGGAGAUCAAGAUCUGUGACUUUGGCUUCUGUCAGGAGAUGGACACUUCCAGACACCAGUACAGCCAGUUUGGCACUCCUGAGUUUGUGGCCCCUGAGAUCAUACAUCAAGACCCCGUCACUAUAGCAAGUGACAUCUGGUCCAUUGGUGUUGUGGCCUAUUUAUGUCUGAUGUGCCGCUGUCCGUUCGUGGGGGAGACGGACCGGGCCACUCUGAUGAGGGUGGGGGAGGGGACACUGAACUGGGACGCACCCGACCUCACCUACAGGAGCACCGGUGCCCAGGGCUUCCUCCGCACGGUCCUGCAGCCAGACCCAGUAAAGCGACCAACUGCAUUUGAGUGUCUGGAGCACGAAUGGUUCCAGGGUGAACAUGAGGAUGAGACUGAUGAUAUCAAUACAAGGGCUCUGAAAGUCUUCAUCUCAAGGAGAAAAUGGCAGCGUUCUCUGACCUGCCUGGGCUCGGUGCUAAUCCUGAAGCCCAUCCCAGAGCUGCUGGAUGCCCCUCUUCGGGAGACCUCCAUCACAGCCCCUCGGGACCCCCAUGAGCCCAGCAGCACCUCCAUGAGCAGCGGCUCCUCCUCUGAGUACGACGAGGCCGAUGCCUGGGACUUCUUCCACCAUUGCACCACAGCUGACGAGGAUGAAGACGAGGAGGAGGAAGAAUUUGACCCCCUCAUGGAGAGAGCCAGGAUCCCUGAGCCCUUUGCCAAACUGAAAUUGGAGGAAGAGGAGGAGGGGACCAUGGAGGAGGAGGACGAGGAGGAGGAGGAGGAGGAGAUGGGAGGACAGAUGAGAGUGCUGGAGAGGAGCCUAAGCAGGCAGUCUUUAGGGUCCUCGGAUGCGUCACAGCAGCCGACCCCCCAGAGGGAGAGGAGGGUCAGCCGAGAAAGCAGCCCAUCCCUAUACCUCUCCGAGGGGGAUGAUGGCUCCGCGUCCGGGAGUGAAGGAGGCUGCAUCGCCAGGAGCAGCCUGAUCCGCAGCACUUUCUACAACAGCUCCGCGCAGCUCUCGCCCAUGUCCGCUCACCACAUGACCCUCAGGGACAAGUUCCAGGCCAAGAAGCAGGAGAGGGGCCGCAAGCCGCUCCGCAGAAGCCUCUCUAGCCGCCUCAACGAGCCUCUCAUUGAGUAUGUGGAGGACGAAGGCGAGAUCAAUCACGGGCAAAGGCGAGGGUCUUUGCAGUCGUCCAUGCUCAAGUCCUGCUCCUUUGACAGCGGGGUCAGCCUCUCGCACAAUGCACCACCACAGAGGAGGAGCAAGUCGUUGGACGAGUACUCCCGACGCUCACCAGGAUCCGCCAAAUGUAGAGAAGAGGAGAGUGCUUUGAAUCUUAAGGAGGAUUUCACUGACAAGGAGGAAGAGGAGAAGAGCUUGGAUGUUUCCCCUCUCCAAGUGAGAGGUAGAAGAGGUUCAGUGGCAGUGGCUCCCAAACAGCUUAUGGCCAGGCUUCAGGAACUAUGUGCAAAAUCGCCCCAUGCUGGUCCAGAGAAGAGCCUCAGGCCAGAGGAGGAGGCGGGGAACCUGGCUGGCUCUCAGUACUCCCUGGCUGAGUCCCUCAUCCUGGAGCAUGGCUCUGAGGGCUCCAGCAGGCUGGACUCUUGUGAGGAGCUGUCCCACGGCUACCCUGCAGCCACACAAAGAGGGAGAGCAGGGGAUGAGUAUGAUGACCAGGAGGAGCCCCUGAUCACAACGUCCCCCUGCUCCCUGCUCCAGGGGUCUGAGGCUGUGGAAGCUAAUAAGGAGCCCCAGUGCCGGAGCGGCCAACUUCAGAUCCCACCGAGAAGGACAACCCACCCCAACCAGAACUCAACGGCAAGAAAUAAUGGUAAGGUAGAGAAGACGAUCCUGCCGGUGAAACCCAGCCCCAGCCUGUCCUUCAAGGCCCCAGAGAGACCCUCGAGGGCCAGCGACACAGAGGCACGUCUCCAGAGGCACGCGUCCACCCCGGCCCUCCAGGCCAAACCGCCCUCGGGGAAGUCUCCUAGGAUGUCACCCAAGGUUGGGUUGAUGAAUCUGUUACGUAGGCAGUCCUGGGCGGGGCAUUCCUACUCACAACUGGAGGGCACGGAGCAGGGACCCACGCUAGGGGAAUUGGAGCCCAAAACCCCCACCAUGUCACUCAGGAAAAAGAUGAGGGCAUCAGCCUCUAGCCUCACCAAGCUGUUCACCAAAUCGUCCAGCAAGGAGGACUUAACGAAGGGAGGGCCGAUUGUAAAGGGUUCCUCUCCUGCUCCACCUGAGCAAAAGGCGAGCGCUGGCUUGGAGAGUGCUAAAAAGAAGUCCACAUUAUUUUCAUUUAAAAUACCUAAAAUACCUGCAUUCAAGAAGAACAAAGAGAUGCUCAUCCACCUGACCAGGCCUGAUGUGCACCAGUUGGAGGCAGGUGGAUUUCUGCUGGUAUGGAGACCAGUGCAGUCCAGCAACCCAGUGGUUUACUGUGUUCAGUACAGCACAGACGGUGGGGAGUGGAAGCUACUGUGCGAGGAGGUGACAGACAGUUGCUACGUAGUGAAGGACUUACUCAGAGGAGCAGGAUACGUAUUCAGGGUGGGCUGCAUCACCAAGAAGGGGGCAGGACCUUUCAGCGACCCUUCGCCCCCUGUUGUUAUGGCAACCCAUCCUAAAGAGACCCACAUUCCCCUCAUCCAGACCGAGUACCCAGGAUCAAAGGGCAGUGGGUCAAGAGGUCAACCUAGCCACAAGACCUACAGCUUCCUCGCAGAGAUCAACAGGGGUCGUUUCAGCGUGGUGACCCAGUGUCAGGACGGCCAGAGCCAGCAGCUGUUUGCUGCCAAGAUCACCCCAUACAGGCCAGAAAAUAGAGCACUGGUGCUCAGGGAGUACCAGCUGCUUAAGAAGCUCAACCACCCCCACCUGGUGCAGCUGCACACGGCCUACAUUACCCCCCACUGCCUGGUGCUCAUCCAGGAGCUGUGUGCUGGCAGAGAGCUGCUCUACAACCUGACUGAGAGAGAUCUUUAUGCUGAACUCCAUGUGGCAGAGCUGCUGGCUCAGAUCCUGAGUGCUGUGGACUAUCUGCACAGCCGCCGCGUCGUCCACCUGGACCUCAAGUCGGACAACAUGCUGGUGACGGACCGCAACGUGCUGAAGAUCGUAGACCUGGGCUCCGCUCAGUCUUUCACACCCGGACAGACCCUCAACAUAGAGGACAUUCCGGGACAAGAGAAAGAGACUCCAUCGAGGGCCUCUCCACAGACAACGGGCAGAAACAGAAUGGCAGAUGGGGCUCCAGAAAUCCUCGACGGACAAGGAGUCGGACCUGAGACCGACAUCUGGGCUAUUGGGGUUUUGGCUUUUAUAAUGUUGAGUGCAGAUAGCCCGUUCCAUUCAGACCUCAACUGGGAGAGGGACAGAAACAUCCGGAAGGGGAAGAUCCAGUUUGGCCGCUGCUACCCUGGCUUGUCAGAGGGAGCAAUCAACUUCAUAAAGAACACACUGAGCAUCAAGGCCUGGGAGAGACCCUCGGCGGCUGAGUGCCUCCAGAACCCGUGGGUACGGGGCGAGCGGGCCCCCUCCAAACACAGAGACUCCAUCUUGUGUUUCUCCACAGACAAGCUGCAGGCUUUCCUGACGGAGAGAGAGGUGAAACGAGACCAGGUCCGCACUAAGCUGCAAGGACCGUUCUUCCAAUAAUUACACUUCUCUCUGUUUAGAGUAGGGCUUGUAAGGACUUACACAUGAACUGGCGCUGGAUGACGUCUCUUCGUAGCCCAGAUCCUGAUCACAAAAUAUGUGACCUCUUACAAAUGUUGACCUAAAAUGGAGAGUGGUCAAAUGUGUGUGUAUCAAUGGCUGCCUAGAGUUUUGUUAAAAGUUUGUCUGAAGGACUUGGACUUUGGCUUUGGUUGAAUGACAGCGCCAUGGUAUCAGGGAAAUGUUUAGUUAAAUGCUUCCUGCAAAUACUGUUGCAUGAGUUUGAAAACAUGAUGAUAUUGAUGUGUAAAAUGCAUCAUCCCUUUGAGUUUGCAGCAUUGGACACUAAACACAUUUGACAUUUACAUUUUAGUCAUUUAGCAGACGCUCUUAUCCAGAGCGACUUACAGUUAGACGUUUGUAAUAACAAAGGCUGUUGCAUCUCGCCAUUCAGACAAUGUUUGUGUUUUUUUUUGUGAAUCUUAGCAAUAUGUUUGUGGUUCAUUAGCCAAAGGGAAAGAUCAGAGGAGGAUUCAUGUGCCCAAAGCAUAGCAAGGGCCCCUACCAGAAUACAGCUUUGUCUCAAGGGCCCCUACCAGAAUACAGCUUUGUCUCACAAAGGGAGGAACAUUGAAAUAUUUAUAUAUAAAUAUCGAUAGAUAUUUACACUACUGCAAUGUUCUCAGCUGUCUUAUUGUUAUGUAUAAAUGCAGAAACAGAUUGUAUCAACGGAGAAUAAGAUCACGAGUAAACGAAGCAUAUUUUUGAUGAUCCUUUGUUUGAUUUCAUGGCGUAUACCUUGUGACGGGUGACGGAUGUACCUGAAAGGCUAAUUAAACAGUAUGUCAGUGGUAA